AUGGUGGUUAAGGCGCCACAGCAGGACUGGGGUUAUGUCCCUGUGAGGAGCGGCGCCUACAUGUUCUGGUGGCUGUACCUGGCAGACCACCCUACGAGCAACUACACGCAGCUCCCCCUGAUCCUGUGGCUUCAGGGCGGCCCUGGGGCUUCUGGAUGUGGAUAUGGAAACUUUGAAGAAAUCGGUCCUCUCGACACUUCCCUGAAUCCGAGGAACACAAGCUGGGUAAAAGAGGCCAGUCUGCUGUUUGUGGACAAUCCUGUGGGGACUGGCUUCAGCUACGUUACGGAUGGUGGCGCCUAUGCGAAGGACGUGGCCAUGGUGGCUUCUGAUAUGAUGGUUCUUUUAAAGCAGUUUUUAAACUCUAAACCUGAAUUGCAGUAUACUCCGUUUUACAUCUUCUCAGAGUCUUACGGGGGAAAGAUGGCGGCUGCGAUUUCUUUGGCGUUGUACAAGGACAUCCAGGCUGGAAGCAUUAAGUGUAACUUCGGAGGUGUAGCGCUUGGUGACUCCUGGAUUUCCCCUAUAGAUUCCGUGUUGAGCUGGGGACCUUACCUUUACAGUAUUUCCCUGCUUGAUGAACAAGGACUGAAGAGGGUCCAGGAGUCUGCGAAUGACGUGCAGAAUGCCAUCAAUAAAGGUCAAUAUGAGCUCGCCACCGAUCUAUGGAGUAAAGCAGAGAAUGUGAUUGAAGAGAAUACGGACAAUGUCAACUUUUACAACAUUUUAACCAAAGAUUCAUUGAUGGCUAAAAAACAGUUUAUGGAAAAUGAAAGAUUUCCAAAUCGUUUACUUGGACAGCUCUUCCAGCGUCACCUGCUACCUUUCAGGAAAGAUCGCUUGUACGAUCUGAUGAAUGGCCCCAUCAGAAAGAAGCUGCAAAUCAUUCCUGAUGACGUUACCUGGGGAGGUCAGUCUGGGGAAGUUUUUUCCAGCAUGGCAGGCGAUUUUAUGAAGCCUGUAAUUGACAUCGUUGACGAACUCCUGUAUGCAAAUGUGAAUGUCACCGUAUAUAACGGCCAGCUCGACCUUAUCGUGGACACUGUGGGUCAGGAGCGCUGGGUUGAAAAAUUAAAAUGGCCCAAGCUAAAGUACUUUAAGGACCUCAAAUGGACACCACUCCAUAUGUGUGCCGAAUGCACUGACACUAUGGCUUUUUACAAGUCAUAUGAAAACUUCAACUUCUAUUGGAUCCUGAGGGCUGGGCACAUGGUUCCCUCUGACCAGGGAGUUAUGGCCCUGAAAAUGCUCAAAAUGAUUAUUGGUAAAUGAAGAGAAAGCGGCGACCCUGCUGAGCGGGGAGGACCUGGGCGCUAUGGACCGACUGCAGGGAAUGAGCAAAUUCCUAGCGGCUCCUAACACUUCUGCUUUUGUGCCUUUACUAUCUGCGUGUGAGGGACAUGUGCUGUUACUGGACUUACAUGUAACCUUUCCUAUUAACACGUGUGAAGGUGCAUUCCCAAUAUGCACUGGCUAUAAAGUCACCAGUUCUGCUUCGCGUUUGUUGAUUUAUUGGAAAUUUUGAUACUAAAUAAAGAACUUGCUUGUAA